GUGUGGAAAUUGUUUUGUGUUUGCUUUUCCAACGAUCCAACGAUGUGCCGCCAUUAAAUUGUUGAAGGCGUGAAAAAUUCGCAGAAGCAGCAGCAGCAGCCGUGAGCGUCGUAAAGGCAAAAGUGGGCCGCGGAAAUUCGCUAAUAACCCGCCGGACGCCGGAGUCGUUGUGUCUGUUUUUAUGAUGAUUAUUUUGUGGAAGUUGCUCCGAUGAAUCCGCAGUGCAACUCGCGGCCUCCGAAUCAAAGUAAUCGAAUGGAAAUAAAGAUUGCUGCGUAGUGACGAGUCUCCCGCGGGACUCGCGGUUAAAGUCAGUUUCUGUGAUGCGAAGUGACGUGUGCAGGGUAGUGGGAAAAUCAUAUUUGUACGAAAAACUACACCUACGAGUGGCUCGGAGACGACGGUCAGUGAAUGUGCGCAGGAUGUUGUGGGUGCUUCGAAUGGAAAAUGAGAGUCUGACGUGCCAGAAGCAGCGCCACAAAGUCGGCGAAUUAUUAAAGGAUGUGUGUCUGGAUGGUGCACUCGGAACGCAGAUAUAAACCGAAAACAAUUUGCUUAAUGGCCGCAUUAAUGGAAACAUAAUCGAUAUUCGCUUAAUGGACUUUUCCUGCGUGAAUCAAAAUAUUAAAGAGAAUGUGGAGACAGUUGUUGAUGCAAAGAUUAAGUGGAUUAUAAAUGAGCACCUGCCUCCCCAAUAGCAGACAUUUCAAUUAGAGUUUCACCAAAAGUUCUCCUCGCUUUAAUUGCUCCUCUUCGUGUUAAAGUUGCAACCGGAGCAGAGCAGAGCUGGGUGGCAUAAUUCAUUAGGGUUCUGAUGCUAAGCUUCUUAGGCUCAUCAAAACUUUGCAGAGCCAUGAGCCCGUGCCGCUCAGCUAUGCACAAGUUUUGGAGCAGGCAGCAACUGCGCCUGAGCAAUGCAAUCAGGGACAGGGCAGGAGACCAGCGAGCGAACUUAUGCAUACCAAUACAUGCAAAUGUGCAGCAAGUUACUCCCUCUGCUCAAAGAUGCCCCAAAGUCCAACAGUUUCGUAGAAAGUUCUCCGGCGCAGGGGCUCUGUGUGUGUGUUUGCCAUAAAUUCUUGCAGCUUCGAGAAUUCAUUUGCAGCAAGUUUGUGCCGAAAGAAUUUUGCAAGCAUUUUAAUUAAGUUGAUUUGGAGCAGCAGCUGAGGCAUCCACUUAAAUGCUCAAUAAUUCAACAGCACCCCGAGCCCCGCACAUUAGCAGCACAUAAAUCUCUUUCUUGUGUUCCUUCGUGCAGCGAUACUCCCGCGAGUGCAUUCGAAAGUGCAGACUAAAUGAAUAAGUGCUGCCCUCGCAGCAGCACCAGCAGCACCCAUAAGAACAAAAAACAACAAAAACUCACGCGUGUCACUCGCAGAUACAAACAGCAAGCAGGGAGAGACACCCAGAGGAACAGAACACUCCCGAGGCAGUGGGAGGAGGAGCCGACUUGGAGGGAAGAUGAUAGUCAGCAUGAAUCAAACGGAAUCGGCGCCACUGGCUGCAGCCGUGGAGCGGCAGAGCUGGAGCGGCAGUGUCCGCUUCCUCGACGAGCAUCAUCCGCUGGACUAUCUGGAGGUGGGUGUGGCCCUCGUCAAUGCCAGCAGCAGCAAUGUGAACAGCAGCACAGAGUACAAUGAGACGGGCAGGGGCCCGCUGGACCCGGAGCUGGUCGAACGCUUCCUCAGCAAUCGGGCAGUGGACAGUCCCUGGUAUCACAUGCUAAUUAGCAUGUACAGCGUCCUAAUCGUGUUCGGAGCUCUGGGCAAUACACUGGUCGUCAUUGCCGUUGUCCGCAAGCCAAUUAUGCGCACGGCCCGCAACCUCUUCAUACUCAAUCUGGCCAUCUCUGAUUUGCUUUUAUGCCUGGUCACCAUGCCGCUGACACUGGUGGAGAUUCUAACCAAGUACUGGCCCCUCGGCUCCUGCUCCAUUCUGUGCAAAAUUGUGGCCAUGCUGCAGGCACUUUGCAUAUUCGUUUCCACAAUAUCCAUAACAGCCAUUGCCUUUGAUCGCUAUCAGGUGAUUGUCUAUCCCACGCGGGACAGUCUGCAGUUUGUGGGAGCCGUCACCAUUCUGGCUGGGAUCUGGCUGCUGGCACUGCUCUUGGCCUCUCCGAUGUUCAUCUACAAGGAGCUGCUGAGCGAGGAUACGCCGCUGCUGCUGCAGCAGAUUGGGCUGCAGGAACAAAUCAGAUUCUGCAUCGAGGAUUGGCCGAGCAGCAACGGCCGCUUCUACUACUCGAUCUUCUCGCUGUGCGUGCAGUAUUUGGUGCCCAUACUGAUCGUUUCGGUGGCCUAUUUCGGCAUCUACAACAAGCUGAAGAAUCGCAUCACCGUCGUCACCGUGCAGGCGGCCUCGUCGCAGCGCAAGGUGGAGCGGGGCAGGCGCAUGAAGCGCACCAACUGCCUGCUGAUAAGCAUUGCCGUUAUCUUUGGGGUGUCGUGGCUGCCGCUGAACUUUUUCAAUCUGUACGCGGACAUGCAGCGCUCGGGCUCGGGGCCGACGUCGAACAUGCUCGUGAUGUACGCCAUUUGCCACAUGAUCGGCAUGAGCUCGGCCUGCUCCAAUCCGCUGCUCUAUGGAUGGCUCAAUGAUAAUUUCCGUAAAGAAUUUCAAGAACUCAUAUGUCGUUGCACUGAAUCCACUAAUGUUGCUCUUAAUGGUCACACGACAGGCUGCAACGUGCAGGCGGCAGCGGCGCGACGGCGGCGCAAGCACGGCCACGCCGACAUCUCCAAGGGUGAGCUGAAGCUGCUCGGCCACAGCGGGGCCGGUGGCGGCGGUGGCGGCGGCGGUGGCGGUGGCGGCGGGGGUGCCAACGGUGGCGAUGGUGGUGUGAGCAUUGCAGCCACCGAUUUCAUGACCGGACAUCAGGAUUGUGGACUGCGGAGCGCCAUGACCGAGUCGGUGGCGCUCACCGAGAAUCCCAUGCCCACGGAGGUCACCAAGCUGAUGCCUCGUUUGGAACAAUACUAAAUUGCACUUUUGCAUUUGUUGUACUUGUACUCCUCCAUUUCCCUUACGACUUGCGACAAAUCCAGGCCACCCAGAGCCAGAGGAGGCGGCGGAGGAGCAGCGAGAGCCGUGAGAAUCGUCUGAGGGACGAACGAUUCCCCCCGUUCGAGUUUUUAGAAUUUACGCAAAUACGAUAUAUUGUCCAGUGAUCCAAAGCCAAGCUGAGUUACACCUAAGUUUAAGACAGACAACGAGGAGAGUAUAAAAACACAAAUAAUUACCUAUACGUAUAGUACAUAUAUUAAUGUUAAUCUAUAACUAAAUCAUCAUCACUUUCAUUGGUAAAAAAAGACUUGGUCUAGUGACUACUUUUGGUUGGUAAUUUCCUUUCCUAUCGAAUUCCGAAGAGUAAUUGUUUGAGCCCACAACUGAAAUUCGGUCAUUCGAUAAGUCGUUUACAAGUUCCCAUUGAAACAGUUCCUAAACACUUUCACUUCCCCUCUCAGAGACCACGAUUCCUUUUCGAAUAAGCUAGUACAUAAUUGCGUACAUAAUUACAUAGUUCAUACAUAACUACAUGUACUAGACAUUCAGCGUAUCAUUUUCUACGUUUAAGUACAUUCAAAGUUCACAUAAUAAUUGUCAUCUGUAUAAUAGUAUAAUCCGAGUGGAGUAACUUUAAAGUAAAUGUCAGUUCUUACAGCUAAACGUAAAUGUAAACCAAAUGUUUGCCGUCUGCUGGCAUUAC